AUGUUUGUCAUCAUUUUAAAUGUCAUUCUAUGUAUCCCCCACAUCCAUGCUGUGUGGGCCUGUGUACGUUCCUGCCCUGCCAACUGCGUGUGCACGCAGGAGCGGAGCUGUUCCAUCCUGUGUGACCGUGCCGGCCUUCUGCAGAUCCCCAGCGACUUCCCCUGUGAAGCCUCUUCUAUCAACCUGGAUAAAAACAGUAUUAAAUUCGUCUCAGAGAGGGCCUUUGGGACCCUGCCUUCCCUCAAAUCUCUCUCACUCCAGCACAACAACAUCUCCUUCAUCACUCCCGGGGCUUUCAAAGGGCUGCCCAGGUUGACUGAGCUUAAAAUGGCUCACAAUGAAUACAUCCGCUAUCUGCACACUCGCACUUUCACUGCCCUCAAAAGGCUUGUCAGACUAGACCUAGCUGACUGCAACCUUUUCAACAUCCCAGACAGGAUUUUCAUAGAGCUCCCUGCCCUUCAGGAGCUCUUCUGCUUCCAGAACAAUUUCCGAAGGAUCCCCGGAGCCAUACGAGGCAUGGAGAAUUUGACCCAUGUUUACUUGGAGCGAAACAAGAUAGAAGCUGUAGCCUAUAAUUCUCUGCAGGGCCUGACCAGGCUGAAGUAUCUUAACCUCCAAGACAACAGAAUAAAUGUCAUUCAUGACCGAGCCUUUCAAGAUUGUCAGAAAAUGGAGUAUCUCUACCUGAAUGACAACUUACUCAGUGACCUCCCAGAAAACUCCUUUGACGGGCUGAGGCACCUGAAAAUGCUCAAUCUUGGUGGGAACUUUCUCAGGAACGUGUCCAACACCUGGUUCCGGGACCUGGUUGAACUGGAGGUUCUGCACUUGGACCGAAACAGGGUCAACUACAUUGAAGAAGGGGCGUUUGAAAACCUAACAAGCCUGGUCUCUUUGCAUUUGAACAGUAACAACCUAACUACCCUGCCUUUUUCUGUCUUCCAGCCAGUCUAUUUCCUGGGAAGGCUCUAUCUUUUUCGGAACCCCUGGGAGUGUGACUGCAGGCUCGAAUGGCUGAAAGAGUGGAUGGAGAAUUACAGACUUGUCAGGGAUAUUCCUUGUGUCUCCCCCUCCUCAGUAGCCGGUACUGACUUGGCGGAUGUGCUGUUUGACAAAUCACCUGAAGGUUAUUGUCUUGACCCAGUGGAGUUAAACAUCACGUCCUACAGCCCAACCCCGACUGAAGAGCCUCACUCCACCACAGAGAGCAAGUUCAGCAGCCUUAUCUCCAAGCUCCUGCUCCAGGAGGGCCUUCCCGAGGAGGUGGCAAACACCACUGAAGCAUUAACCAACACCACCCUGUUGGACAGGCUAGGUGAUGAGGUUUCCUCAGGGGUGGGGGAAUACGCCAUCUCCUGCUCUUUCCACCUCCUGGCACUCAUUACAGCUCAAGCAGUGAUGGUUCUGCAGGGUAAAUAA